AUGGUGGCGUCUACGAUCAAAACGCGGGUGGACAUGGCCGAGAUGAUAGUGGCAUUGGCGGCGGUACUGAGCAACCAUGCUGCGCAGGUGGAAGUUGGUGGGCGCCUAGUCUAUCAAUGGAGUAGGGGCAAAAAACGACAAUGUCUCUGUCAACGCUCAACCAAAGAUGACAAGGGAGAGCGCAAAUUUGACUUCCGCCGGAAAAAUGAAGGUGCUAAUGUUCGAGGAGGCAUCAUCACGGUAAAAAACACCUCGAGCCAACGGCGGGGCACUCAGCAUAGCGAAGGGCACAAGCAAAGUGGCGGUGAGGUGGAGAAUCGCGGGAGAGUCAACGUGGUGGCGAUGAUACCAUGUGAGGUCUCUGGUCGUCAUGGAAGAAGCAUGCAGUCGUAG